UUUGUUGCAACUGUAUUAAAAUGACUGAGGAUAAGAGUGAAAGGACGAUGAAAAUCCUGAAGUAGCUUAAGUUCACCUCGAUCCUCCGAUAAAAUCGGGUAAAAUGAAUUUUAGUGAAAUAACUCAUAUCGACUGAAUUCUGUGAUUAAAACACGACACACUUUGCCAAAGAAGAACCUCCGUUACCUGUUUGUCUACAACCUUUUCUUGUUCAAGACAACCUAUUUUCGAACUAAAUUGGAGACCGACAAAUAAAUUGCCUUCCAUAUAUUAUAAUAAAAAUAUAUGUAUGUACAAAUUUUCAGUCAGGAUCAUACGCAAAUUAAAGAAAUCGUGACACUGAUGAACACUGAACACAUCCAAAGAUUAGAUUUAUCAAGCUCUUGGACAUCGUGGUUUAAGUGAAAUAAACGGACAGCCACCCAUGAGGUAUAUUAAAUUCUUUUGAUAUCAAUCAGUGAGGAAAAAUGUGAAAUGCGAAUCGCUUACGAGUGCGCAUUUGAUUAAAAACGGCAUAUCAGAAGAAAUAAGAAAUAUAUAAUUUAAGGAAUUACACGCAGUUUUCUCAUGAACAGUAUAUGCUUUAGAUUAUGACUCUAGAGCAUUAUUAUCAUCAUUAUUAUACCAGGUUUAUAUAGCGCCCUUUUUAUGAUAAACACGUUCAAAGGCGCCUUACAGAUAGCAAACGCAGCCACUAACUAGAGGGAUAGAGUGAGAUAAAGCCCCCAGAACAGACAGAGAGAAAGACUAUAUAAAUUAUAGGUAUAUCACAAAAAAGGACACUCUAUCCUUAAAUUUUACACCUUUUUUUUCAACACAGAGAAUAUAACUUAUCUACCUCUGCCACCCUCUCCUAUACACAUACACCACUUAAGCUAGAGUUUACACAGAACUUCGAUAAAAUGUAUCUAAAACAUACUUUCUUUAAAAACAGUAGAAAAAAACAUGUUAUCCCAAAUCCUAGAUAUCAAAAUACAUAUGUAGUAAUAAAUCAAAACCUUAUCUUCAAGCUGAAAAGACAUUAUGUAAGUUUUAGACAUAUGCUCGAUAACAUAUCAGUACCUAAAUCAAUAUGGUUUCAUGUAUCUUAACUUAGGGAGUGAUAUUUUGUUUAAUUGAUACGACAAUCAGUAUAAGAGCAAACUCCACGUUGGUAUUUAAUUUUAAUUGAUAUGUAUAUAUGUAGCGGCAACAUAUACACAGCAAUACAUAUGGGCUCCUCUAAAGGUUGUGUAGUUCUGGUCACAGGAGGAUCCGGAUUUUUAGGACAACAUGUGGUUGGAUUACUUCAAGAACGUGCUGAGCACGUGACCGAAAUCCGAGUGCUAGAUGUUAUUCCAUAUCAAAACAACCUUGAUCAUGUCGAAAGGAUACCGGUGCAGCAGUAUGUUGGAAGCGUAACUGACAGUGGCCUGGUACAUAGAGCAUGCGUCGGCGUCACCUGUGUUAUGCACUUGGCUAGUAUAGUUGAUAUGUCACUUCUACCUAAAGUACACCUGAGCCGCCAAAUAAAUGUUGAAGGCACAAAGAACGUGAUUGUAGCUUGCCGUAAGAACGGUGUCAAACGGCUGUUAUACUGCAGUACGGUAGAAGUCGUGACCGGAGCAAACAAUAUAUAUGAUGGAACAGAGGAUAAUACGGAAUACGUUACCAACCAUCUGUUCAAGGCAUAUGGACCUACAAAGCUUGAAGCCGAAAGACUUGUACUAGAAGCAAAUUGUCACACUCUACAGACGCUUGCAUUACGACCAGCUAUGAUGUACGGCGAAUUAGAAUGGAGAUCUACAGGGUAUCUUGUUACUGGGUUUUUGGCACAGAAAAUGAGAUCUUAUGUUCGCAUAGAUUGUCAAAAUGGCAUUGCAGAACACGUUUACGUUGGUAACGUUGCAUGGGGAUUUGUUUGUGCAGAGACCAAACUCCAUGAAGGCAAAGUUGAGCACGACAUAACCGGAAAUAGUUAUUUCAUCGUGGAUGAUUCUCCAAAAUCUAGUGUUUUUGCAUUUCUUGGAGAGAUUAUGACAGAAAUAGGUCUGAAGCCAUUCGGACCACCUAUCCCUGUAUGGUGUUUGGUCUUUCCGCUUUAUAUACUAUAUUUUCUUCUAAGCGUUAUUUCAAUAGUGUAUAAAGUAAAUUUCUUUGUUGGAAUCGCUGAAUUUUUGUCUUUGACGAGAAUAUAUUUGUUUAGAUACGAGAAAGCAACCAAGAAACUUGGUUAUAAGCCUUUGUACAGUUUUGAUGAAUCAAAGUCAAGAACAGCCAAAUACUACAAAUCAUAUUUGCCACCGCGUUGUAAAGACUAGUCUUAUUAUACUGCCAUUGUGGUAACUAAAAGAAAAAAAAUCAAGUGAUAUUUCAAUUUCAGUUGAAUAAUCGAAUUGGCUGUUUGAAGAUCAUCAACUUUUUUUUUUGCUUCCAUUUUGCUGGUACUGAUUUGAACGAACUCGAUAAUGUGAAGACCAUAAUACAUUCUCAAAACACAGCACUUCCGGUUUAGACAUAAUUAUAUAAAAACGAAAAAAUAUCCAGUAGGUGUAGCCAUGUCCCGUGCAGGCAGUACGCUACAGUUGUACAGUUGUGUACGCAUUUGGUUAAAAUAUACACUAAAACAUUGAUAAAAUAAAAGAAAAAUAUGUAAACAAAAGAACUCAGUUGGCAAACUGACAUGACAAGGAAUAUUACGAAGCAACAUCCCCAUAAAAAAUACAAUAUCAAGUAUGUUACGAUUAUAUCUCGUAUGCAUAAAUAGAUUCUACAUCAUUAUGAUAAUUUGCGGAGAGAAAAUGUUACAUUAUUUGAACCGUUUUAGGGAAAUUCGUCUAACAGUUAGAAUCACACACAUAUCCAAGCAUCUGAACGAUGAACCUUGGUCAAUCGAAUAAUAAACCACAAAAAAUAUUGUUUAGCUCAUUGAAACAUAAAAAUAUGCAAAUAUUCAUUGCAAAUGACGUCAUUAUGUACUCUUACCGAUAUGCGCGUCGACCUUUUGUUAUCUUAGUUUAUUACUGUUUUCUUUUCUUUCUUCUUUUGUUUAGCCAACAAAAGGGUUUUAUAAUUCCGCGUAAAAUAGAAGAAACAUAAGCUUUAUAAAUGUAAGAACAAGAGAAUUAGGUAGUGGAUUCUAGUUCUGUAUCUUUUAUUAUAACUUGGACAAAGACGGUAGCUCUAACAGUUACCUAUUGUUGUGAAUAAACGUCAUUUUAACCGAACUGAAUAAGUUUGACAAACUGCUUUUAUGCAGCCAUUGGUAAUGAUAAGAUUUGAUAGGCCGCCUGUUUUAUUUCAAGAUAUCAGUGAUAUUAUAGAUCAAGUUUCUGUUAAUAAAUUGAAUUUGCUGUUUGAAGAUAAAUGUAUCUACAUGAUUGUUCCUAAAGCAUCAAUAGAUUUUUUUUUUCAACUUUAGAUCAGCAAAAUUAUUAUUUGACGCCAUUAAGCUCUUCAUUUUGUACUAAUAUCUAUUCAUUUAAAAUAAAUAAUAAUCCAUAUAUUUUUGCUGCAAAUGACUUUACUUGGGCAACAGUUGCAAUUUCAUAACAAUAUCUGAAACGACGAAUAUAACUAAUAAUGCCGUUUGUUUCAUUUUUGUGUUGUACUAUUAUACUAUGCCUUGAAAAAAUAACUAUUUGAUAGAAGCUGAUUAAGUAUUAGUUACACAAGAUGCAGUAUGUAUUUAUAUGAUUUUGUUUCUUUCAUAUUUUGCGGACAUUUGUGUUUGCUAUAAAUCAUGCUAUCAAAACUGGCAUUUAAAGUAAAUAAACGUAAGGUCAACUAUGUCGUGACACAGAAACACCUGUUCCAAGGACAAUGAGAGCGCUACAAGCAAAUUCACAUAGACAGCCACUGUUAAAUAUGGUUAGUUUUAGAUGUUUACAUUUUUGUCGCUAUCAUUUAAAUAUUUAGGGUCUUGGUAACCGCAAAGUUAGAAGCAAACUUGUGUCCACAUAUUUUACCAUUUAAGCGUGGGCUGUUCUCUUUUUGAAAUGUUAUAGUAAUAAAAUUAUACUUUUCUAACUGAUGAUUUUUUGUUUUCUGUAAAAGCCGUGACUAAAAGGACCAAUAUAAGAAGUGGUUGUUGUAGUGUAAGUAAUCUGUUAUGUGACAAAACAAAGGAGCACUGCAGGAAAUAGUCUCUUCCUGUUUGUGAUAUACAUUAUCUCAGGGUUGCCACAGGAUUUGAAAAGUCAGGGAAAUUUGAUGAAUUGCCAGGGAGUUUUGAAAAUUGGUCUGUGAAAAAAGUAAUUCCACACAACAACAACAAAAACUCGGGCUAAUUAAGAUUAAAUAUGUCACCAAGGUAUUAAGGUUUCCAGACAGUGAAGUGAAAAUAGUUUUUCUAAAGAUUCGUUGAAAACAAACAUGCUGCAUUUCUUUGUUUUAACAAUUGCCAAAAUGUUACAGCUCUUCCCCCACCCCCAGCACCGGCUUAAGCGGGAUUCUAUUAAACAUCUAUUGAAUGGAUUCCAGG